AUGUCCAAAAGCGACACCGUGUCUGAUGGCGCCUUGACGGAGCCAGAGAUGGACCGCGCAGCCGAGCUCCUUCAUAGAGCAGUGGUGCAUGAGCAGGGCAAUCGCUUGGUGAUGAAGAUUUCUCAUCACAUCCAUGGACGUGGAACGGCAGUCAACGCUGCUGGUGUGAUUGAAGAGGUCAAGCAAGCGAUGUCUGAUGCCUCCAAGCGCCGCCUGGACUCAGAAUCCGAAUGGGAUGAGGUGUCAAAUGGCUCGGAGUUUCCGAUCCUCGUGCCGAAGAGCUCUGAGGAGAAGCCCCGUGGGAGCAAGCCUUUGGCCCAGCAUGACUUGCUGCCGAAGGGAUUUGGUAUUCCCUUGCCAUCCGGUGUUGCCUCCGUGGCAGACUGGGGACGCACCAUCAUCAAGAUGAAGAAGUACAAGGAUCUCAACCUUUCCUAUGAGGAAUUGAUCAAGAUGGCUGAGUCAAAUGGUGAGCACCACCGCUACCUGCAGUGGAUCCAGUCCAAUUUCUCUCCGGCCAAUAAGGACAUCCACAAGGUCAAGAUGACCCAAGCCGUGGACCUUGCCCUCUAUUUGAAGAAGAUCGAUUGGCAGAAAGGAGAAAGCAUGGAGUUCCAACUUUUCAGUCAUGAAGUGGACCAUCGCGAAUUCUUUGAUGAUCCACGCCAGUUCCUGAUCUCUCAUCUUCGCAUUGAUGGCUUUGCUCCACUGGGCGCGCUCAGUGUGUCUAUGUGA